AGAAGCUCCAGGUUCUCGCGGGCACUUCCGCUGGGGGAGUGGAAGGUUGCUCCUGAAUUUUCUAUGGGAGCGGUGCGUCAGUUCCGCCUCUCCCAGCGCUUCCAAACUUCCUGAAUCUGUGCUUGGAACCUGCAGCGACAGGGCGACUUAGGGGGGAAAAAAGCCUGAGCGGAGCACGCAGCUUGAUUUCUCAGAAAGGGCUGCACAGAGGUGAAAGAGUGACUCCCCUGACUACUGACAGCAAAGUUCCACCUCUACACCCAACGUGGGGCCCGAACUCACAACCCGGAGAGCAAGAGUCACACGUGCCAUCGACUGAGCCAGGUGCCCCUGUUCUUGAUGCUUUUGAAGAGUGUAGAGGCCCCCCACCAGGCGCCGUUCUGCCUUCCUGGGAUCUGUGCAACUCUGCGCUCUGCACACUGCCAGAAGUAGGAGGACCCAUGACCAUGUUCAAGGAGGCAGUGACGUUCAAGGACGUGGCUGUGGUCUUCACGGAGGAGGAGCUGGGGCUGCUUGACCCCGCCCAGAAGAAGCUGUAUGGAGACGUGAUGCUGGAGAACUUCCGGAACCUGCUCUCUCUGGGAGGAAAGAUCCAAAAUAAAAUGAAGACUGUUUUAGAAACAGAACCACACAAAGAGCUUUCCUGCUGGCAGAUCUGGCAACAGAUUGCAAGUGACUUAACCCAGUGUGAAGGCUCCAUGAUAAAGAGUUCUCAGUUCCCCAAACAAGGUGAUUCACCUGGACAGGUUGGGGCCGGACUGUCUGAAACUCACACAGGUCAGAAACCUGAUCAGUGCAGUGAAUUUAAGAAAUAUUUCAGUGAUGUCUCCAACUUUGAUCUUCAUCAACAAGUACACUCAGGAGUGAAGUCUCACACAUGUCGUGAGUGUGGAAAAAGCUUCUGUUACAGUUCAGCACUUCAUAUUCAUCAGAGAGUUCACCUGGGAGAGAAACGCUAUAAGUGUGACGAGUGUGGGAAGGAAUUCAGUCAGAGCUCAUGCCUGCAAACUCAUCAGAAAGUCCACACCGUAGAGAAGCCAUUCAAAUGUGAGCAGUGUGGGAAUGGCUUCUGUCGUAGAUCAGCACUUAAUGUUCAUUAUAAAUUGCACAUGGAAGAGAAACCUUAUCGUUGUGACCAAUGUGGAAGGGCCUUCAUUCAUGCUUCCCAUCUUCAGGAACAUCAGAGAAUCCACACCGGGGAGAAACCCUUCAAAUGUGAUAAAUGUGGUAAGAAUUUUCGUCGUAGAUCAUCACUUAACAGUCAUUGUAUGGUCCACACGGGAGAAAAACUGUACAAAUGUGAGGAGUGCGGGAAGUGUUUCUUUUGUAGCACAAAUCUUCACAUCCAUCAGAAGGGCCACACGCGAGAGAAACCUUAUAAAUGUGAGGAGUGUGGGAAGGGCUUCAUUCAGCCUUCUCAUUUUCGGGCCCAUCAGAGAAUCCAUACUGGUGAGAAACCAUAUGUAUGCAAAGUGUGUGGUAAAGGCUUCACUAUGAGUUCAAAUCUUCAGGCACAUCAGAGAGUCCACACAGGAGAGAAACCAUACAAAUGCAACGAGUGUGGGAAGAACUUCGGGACGAAAACCCGUUACCAGGUUCAUCUGGUGGUACACACGGGAGAGAGACCCUAUAAAUGUGAAGUAUGUGGGAAGGACUUCAGUCAGAGAGCAUAUCUUCAGUCCCAUCUGAAGACGCACAGUGUAGAGAAACCUUACAAGUGUGAGGAAUGCGGGCAGGGCUUCAAUCAGAGUUCCCGACUUCAGAUUCACCAGCUGAUCCACACCGGAGAGAAGCCACACAAAUGUGAAGAGUGUGGGAAGGGAUUCAAUCGUAGAGCAGAUCUCAAAAUUCACUGCAGAAUCCACACAGGAGAGAAACCAUUUAAUUGUGAGGAGUGUGGGAAAGUAUUCAGGCAGGCCGCAAAUCUUCUGGCACAUCAGAGAAUCCACAGCGGAGAGAAACCUUUCAAGUGUGCAGAGUGCGGGAAGAGCUUUGGUCGCAGUUCACACCUGCAAGCCCAUCAAAAAGUGCACACUGGAGAAAAGCCAUACAAGUGUGAGGAGUGUGGGAAGGGCUUCAAGUGGAGCUUGAAUCUGGACAUGCAUCAGAGGGUCCACACAGGAGAGAAACCCUACAAGUGUGGGGAGUGUGGUAAGCACUUCAGUCAGGCCUCAAGUCUUAAGGUUCAUCAGAGUGUUCACAGUGAGGAGAAACCGUACAAAUGUGAUGUGUGCGGCAAGGUCUUCCGCCACUCUUCACAGCUACAGUCUCAUCAGAGAGUUCACACAGGGGAGACCCCUUACAAGUGUGAGACCUGUGGUCAGAGCUUCCGUUGGCGAUCCAAACUUUCACAUCAUCGCAAAACUCAUGGUGGCAGUACGGUUUAUGAAGGUAACAAGAGUGGUAAGAACAUGAAGGAAUUGUGUGUGGAAAGAAGUUCUCCAAAAUGACGUUGUGUGAAACCCUGAAUUCUUACCAUCAUCGAGUCUCAUAAGAGAGAAAAUACUUGUUUAGUUUAGUUGGUAUUGAAGCAAUAAUUCAACCUAUCUCGGUUUCACCAGAUCACACAGUGGAGAACCCUUAAGUGGUGUGAUACGUCUUUGUUCAGAAGCACUUAGAUAGUACUUAGGAAUAGAGUUUGGUCUGGCCUUUAACACAAGUAUAAUGGUGUGCAUGCCAGAAUUCAUAUGCACUAGAAUGUAAGCUGCAUGAGGACAGGGACUUUGCUGCUAAAUAUACAUAGCCCUCAAAGCUGGAGGCAUCAUAAUUCUGGACUUCAAGUUAUAUUACAAAACUGUAACAAACAAAAUAGUAUUGUACUGGCACAAAAAUAGACACAGGUCACUACAACAGAAUAGAAAACCCAGAAAUGAACCCACAAAUACAUGGUCAGUUAAUCUACAACAAAGCAGGAAAGAAUAUCCAAUGGGAAAAAUAGCGUUGGGAAGACUGGACAGCAACAUGCAAGAGAGUGAAAUUGGACUGCAUUGUUACCCCAUACACAAAAAUAAAUCCAAAAUAGAUUAAAGACCUAAGUGUGAGACCUGAAACCAUAAAAGUCCUUGAAGAAAGCACAGGCAGUAAUUUCUCUUAUAUCAGCCGUAGCAACUUUUUUUUCUAGAUAGAUCUCCUGAGGUAAGAGAAACAAAAGCAAAAAUAAACUAUUGGAACUACAUCAAAAGAAAAAGGUGCACGGCAAAGGAAACCACAAAACUAAAAGGCAGCCUACUGAAUAGGAUAUUUGCAAAUGAUGCAUUCGAUGAGGAGUUACUAUCCAAAAUAUAUGAAGAAAUUGUAAAACUCAACACCCCCUCCCCCAAAAAUCCAAUUACAAAAUGGGCAGAAGACCUGAUUAGACAUUUCUCCAAAAAGACAUCUAGAUGGCCAGCAAACACAUGAAAAGAUGCUCAACGUCUCUUCUCAGAGAAAUGCAAAUCAAAAUUACAAUGAGCUAUCACCUCACACCUGUCAGCAUGGCUAAACUCAAGAACAAAAACAACAGGUGUUGGCAAGGAUGUGGAGAAAGGGGAACCCUCCUGCACUGUUGACAAGAAUGCAAACUGGUGCAGCCACUGUUAAAAACAGUAUGGAGGUACCUCAGAAAAUUAAAAAUAGAACUGCCCUAUGGUCCAACAAUUGCACUAUUAGGAAUUUACCCAAAGAAUACGAAAACACUAAUUUAAAGGGAUACAUGCACCCCAAUGUUUAUAGCAACAUUGUUUACAAUAGCCAAAAUAUGGAAAGAACCCAAGUAUUCAUAAGUUGAUAACUGGGUAAGGAAGAUGUGGUAUGUGUAUAUAUAUACGAUGGAAUAUUACUCAGCCAUAGAAAAGAAUGAAAUCUUGACAUUGGCAGUGAUGUAGAUGGAUCUAAAGGGUAUAUUGCUAAGUGAAAUAAGUCAAAGACAAAUAUGUAAUUACACUCCUAUGCAGAAUUGAAGAAACAAGAAACCAGCAAAGGGCAAAGGAGAGGCAAACCAAGAAACACUCUUAACUAUAGAGAACAAACUGAUGGUUAUCAGAAGGGAGGUGGGUGGGGGGAUGGUUUAAAUAGGUGAUGGUGAUUAAGGAGUGCACUUGUGAUGAGCAUCGAGUGAUAUGUGGAAUUUCUGAAGCACUAUAUUGUACACCUGAAACUAAUACACUGUAUGUUAACUAACUGGAAUUUAAAUAAAAACUUUACAAAAAAAAAAAAAAGUCCGCACAGCCUUAAUAUUGACUAGCCCUUGUAGGUGUGCUCUCUAUCUGUAUGUUAAAUAAACAACAUAUGAAAAUUGUAUCCAGAGGAGGAAACCUGCAAAGUAAAUUUCAGUACAGAGCAGUACAUUUGUUGAACUGUAGAAAACCACUGCAUAUUACAAUUCACAACGUUAAUGUUACUCCUCUACUAUAAAUGGCUCCUCUCCUCCCACAGCCUCUGUUCUCAAGUUGGGUUCUUAUCUGGGGCCCUGUGUACUUUUCCAAGCAUUGUAUACAGUUACGUUGAACUCUUUUGUCAUUUUUCUGACACUACAGACUGAGAAAAUUUUGUUUGCAAGGACUUAACUGCAUUUCACACAGCUGCUUUUAUCUAUCAAUGUUAAGGCAAGAAUUUACUGUAACACUCUGAAAAUGUCACAAUUAAUUACCAAUAACAAUUUUCUUAACUGA